AUGCAACAGCAAGAUACCCGCCCGAGUACGACGGCGACUUUGGAUGAGCUGGACAUCCGUGGCGAGCGGCUCAGAGAGCGCGUGGACCUGAACUGCUCUCAAGCACGAGAACUCGAACGAUCGCUUGACCGCCUGGAGCCCCAACUACAGAUGUUGACCCAAGCGACCUUCUUCGAUGCAGACCAAGAGCAUCCAUCAUCAGCUUCUGUGACCACCUUGAUGGCCCCCCAGUUCAACAAAAGAAUUCGCUGUGAAAUACCUCCGAUUACGCCCAAGAUUCGGCCGAAGCUUCCUGAAGCCGUCAAGGGCAAUCCGCUCCACAAGCUUGCUCCCGACCGCGACCCCAAUGUCGCAAAGGCAACGGCCCCCGUCGGCCUGAACCUCUCAUCCGCUCAAAUAAUGGAUUGGCCUCGGAGGGGCGACUCCGCCCAUCGGAUCUCAUUUAUCCUCAAUCCUGCCAUGAACCCUGCGAAGGAAAACAAGCAAGAUCUCGAGCCGCCCUCUGCCGGCUCAGUGAACUCUCAGGACGCAGACCAUCCCAGCCCUGACGAGUCAACCCGACAAACCGCGGCCCACUCAUUUUCCACCGUCUCGAUCCCAGGCAGCGCAGCAGCCAUGCAGAUCCCGCCACUGGACCCGGACUUGGUCAUGCCGGAUUACCAAGCGUUCUUCAAGCGCUACUCGAACCGGUUAACUUGGUCUCCCGAAGAGAGAACCAGCCCAGCAACUCUCCAAAAGAAAUCGGAUCUUCUGCUUCGUGCAAUCAUUAGUGCAUCCGAUCCAAAGUCGACCAAAUCGAAAAUGCUCUCUGACUGCUACGACAAUGCGUUGAAUAUGAGCCGAGCAACAGUAUUUCCAGAAAAAGACUAUAAUAUUCAGGAUCUCAAGGGCAUCAUGGUACUGGCCAUCUAUCAUGGCCUUCACUGUGUUUGCUCCCACUUUGUGUCUCUUUGCUUGACGAUAAAGCUACACAAGGUUUUUGUCAAGCUCACUGACCCCGUUCUGCGCGGCGAGGCCAACGAAGCUGAGCUGGUAGAAAUGGGCCGGACCUGGUUGCUUGUAGUCGUCUAUAGCCACUUUUUGUGUAUCUUCAGCAGGAAGCUUUACUUGAUUGGCUCACCCUCUCAAAUGAUCCGCAACCACGCAACAACCUUGGAGACAUCGAAAUUUCGACAAUCUUGCGAUCCUUUGAUUAAUGCCCAUGUAAACCUAGUAUUGGUCUUAGCGUUCGCCCAAAACAAACUGGACAGUCGCAAUUAUCCGGGGUCGUUGAGUGGGAGGAAAGAGGGCAAUGUCUUGCCGGAAGUACCCCUUGUCAUGCACCAAUUGGAGUGCUGGGCCACGGAUUGGAGGCAACGUUGUCCAGAACUCUUCACCACCAAGUCGAUGGGCCCACGCAGGUUUCUGCAGAACGCUCGACAGUAUGUCGAACUAUAUGUCAUGCAUGCUGCAAUAUGGCCAUGCCAGGAUGGAAGGAUGAUUAUCACUAACCAACGCCGUUACCAAUGGGCUCUCCAGGGCUGCCAACACGCCGAGAAUAUCUUGCAAGCGGUGCUUGACCUGAAAGACGAGCUCGAUGCAAACGAGGAAUACGAUGCAGAAUUCUGUCCAGACAACUUACCCCUUAACAUCGAGUACCACAAAGCAACCCUUGGCCUGGUCACCGGCUAUCUCUUGUGGGUCAGCUUGAUCAUCCCAGGAUGCGUGAACUUGGAGCGCUAUCUGGAGCUGUUCGUCAGGCUGCAUAACAUCAAGUUCAAGUUCAGCUGCGAAUACAUCGAAGUCAUCGAGAAGUCCAUCUUCAGUAUCUACGAGAUUCUGAUGUUGCAAAAAUUUAGAGCAGAUCAUCUGGCCACCGACAGUCUCGGGCUGCUCGACCAGACCUACCAGAUCGGGACUACGCUCCAGGCGAAGGGCUGCCAACUCGGGCCCAACGAGCUCGAACACGGCUGUGUGGGCGAAUAUCGUCUCGAUGGCACCUUCUUGAUGGGCGAUGACUUGGCCAAAGAGCUCGAUAAACUAAUGACCGACACUCAGUUCUGGUUUCAACUCGAACUCGAAUAA